AUGACUACGCUACAGAAUGGGCAUCAGAAAAAGCCCUUAGACAUAAUUAUAGUUGGUGGAGGUUUGGUCGGUUCACUCGAAGCGUUAUUAUUAGCCAAAAGAGGUCAUCGCGUUCGUCUCUACGAAUAUCGUGAAGAUAUACGAAGGACACCUCAUGUAAGAGGGAGAUCUAUAAAUUUAGCUCUAUCAGUGCGUGGAAGGAAGGCUCUACAAAGCGUGGGAUUGGAACAGCACAUGAUUCGUGAACAUGGUAUCCCUAUGGUCGGUCGAUACAUUCACAAAUUCGAUGGUUCUACAUAUGUCAUUCCGUACGAUGCCAGAACAAAUCAGUGCAUCUACUCUGUGGGACGUAAUUAUUUGAACUCUCUACUUUUAAAAGAAUCGGAAAAAUACGGAAAUGUCGAGAAAUACUUCAAUCACAAACUGAUUAAUGCGGAUCUACAUAAGGGCUCCUUGACAUUUCUGAAAACUCAAAACAAAGAAACUGUAGAAGUAAAUGCAGAUUUGAUCAUUGGUGCUGACGGCGCAUAUUCAGCUGUUCGAAAAGCGAUGAUGAAACAACCGCUCUUCGAUUAUAGCCAAAAGUAUAUUGAACAUGGGUACAUGGAGUUAUGUAUACCACCCGGAGAGGACGGCGAGUUUCAGAUGCCAUCAAAAUAUUUGCACAUUUGGCCAAGAGGUAAUUUUAUGUUGAUUGCUUUACCAAAUCAAGACCGUACAUGGACAGUUACACUAUUCAUGCCAUUCGCUAAGUUUAAUGAAAUCGACACUGAAGAGAAGGUUUUAGCCUUCUUCGGAAAGUAUUUUGCUGACGCAAUUCCAUUAAUAGGAAAAAAGAAAUUGUUGGAGGACUUUUUCGCUGCGUCAGCAUUACCACUAGUUUCAGUUAAGUGUCGACCGUAUAAUGUUAUAGACAAAACUCUUCUUAUUGGUGACGCAGCACAUGCUGUAGUACCAUUUUAUGGUCAAGGCAUGAAUUCCGGCUUCGAAGAUUGUACCAUUCUCGACGAAUUGUUCCAGAAACAUAAUGAUGACAUUGCGAAAAUUCUUUCAGAAUAUUCUGAUACUAGAUGGAAGGAUGUAUUCGCUAUAAGUGACCUCGCUAUGUAUAAUUAUAUCGAGAUGCGAGAUUUGGUUACUCGGCCAUCAUAUCUGUUUCGGAAAUCGAUUGAUGAUUUUCUGUUUUGGUUAUUACCAGAUUUAUGGGUUCCCUUGUAUAACUCAGUUUCAUUUACAAAUAUGCCGUAUAGUGAAUGUGUGCGCAAUCGACAGUGGCAAGAUAAGAUUUUCCAACUAAUUAUCAUUUUUGUCGGACUCUGGACUUUUGGUAGCAUUUUGUACUUAUCUGUGCGAUAA